UUCUUAGUGUGUCUUAUUCUUGAGAGGGUGAGGAUUUUGUACUGCUACUCAGCUGGUGGAAGGCUGCUUUUUAACUCCACUGAUUCUUGAACUGAUUCUGAGAAAAAUGACAACGGGCUGUUCCUUUGGACUAAAUCCUUGUGGAUUCUUUAUAAUGAGCCGACGGAGGAUAUCGUGCAAAGAGCUGGGACAGGCCGAUUGCCAAGGAUGGCUCUACAAAAAGAAGGAAAAAGGAGCUUUCAUUGGCAACAAAUGGAAAAAGUUCUGGUGUGUGCUAAAGGAGUCAUCACUGUAUUGGUACAGCAGUCAGCUGGCUGAAAAAGCAGAAGGAUUUAUCAGACUUCCAGACUUCAGUGUGGAUCGAGCAAUUGAAUGCAAAAAAAAGCAUGCUAUUAAGAUCAGCCACCCACAGAUCAAGACAUUUUAUUUUGCGGCAGAAAAUGUUCUGGAAAUGAACACGUGGCUAAGUAAGCUGGGGAUGGCUGUAGACCCUCAGGCACCAAACGGGAAGAAUGAGGAAGAAUGUUACAGCGAAAGCGAACACGAUGAUCCAGAAAUAACGGACACGCCACCUCCCCCCUACACAGUCCAGCCCUCACCUCCUCCCUUGCAGGAUCAGCAGAAGUCAUCUUUCACCUCAACUCUGUCAAGUGAAGCAUCUUGUUCUCUCUCCUCUCCUGAAAGCACUUUCAACUCACAAGAGUCAUCAUCUUCCUUGGCAUCCAAAGUGGUUUAUUCUGAGAGGCAGUCCUGGCUUGACCUAGUUAACAGCUCUGCCACAGAAGAGGGUGAUCAGCCUUUAACUUUCUGCGUACAGAUUCAUUCUGAUGAGCCGCCAGAAGUAGUCUGUGGAGAAGCAGCAGAAAGCCAGGAAGUCCAGCUUUCCCAACCCAAGAAUGGAUUCCAAAACUGUAACUUAAGUGCAGAUGCACAUUGUCUAGCAGUGCCAGAUGCAAUAGGACAGAGAUCACUAGCCAAAGACCAGGAAAAAUAUGAUGAUGAUGAGAUGGAGAGACUUUACAAGUCAUUAGAGCAAGCAAGCCUGUCUCCCAUUGGUGAUCGUCGUCUGUCAACGAAGAAGGAACUUAGGAAGUCAUUUAUCAAACGCAGCAAAAACCCCUCCAUUAAUGAGAAACUCCACAAAAUUCGAAUGCUGAACAGCACAUUAAAGUGUAAGGAACAUGACUUGGCCACAAUUAACCAGUUGCUAGAGGACCCGAAGUUGACAGCACUGAAGUACAGAGAAUGGAGGAGCACAAACAUCAUGUUGGUCCAAGAUAUUUAUCAGCAACAGGAGAUCCUGAAUGUGUCCACAGAGAAUGGUGAGGAGCAAGAGAUGACUCCACAGCUAAUCACUGAAAGUGCAAUAUGAUCAAUGGUUCAUGGCAAAAUCUUUCUCCAUGGGUCUUCAUGUACAGGGACUUUAAUCUGCUGUAUCUUAAGGUUUGUUUUUUGCAAGUGUUCUUCAGAAGAAAAACAACCCCUUCUCCAGAUUUUCGAUUUCUCUUGCAAAACUCAUUUCAUUCCAAAAGAGCAAAUGCCCCAAAAAUGCAUGCCUGAAUCAUCUGGGCUGCAUAUCUAAGAAGACUAAUGAAGCAGUGAAGAAAUGUUUUUCAGUCUUUGGAGAAGAAAAUUAUGGAUGUCCAGUUCCCGGAAAUCACAGAACUGUGUAAUAUGUCCCAUAUAAAUGUGAGAUCCUUGGGAUUGCUUUAACCAUGUGACUUACCUUUAAAUGAAGCUAAACCAAUACCAACAGGAUGUAGUCUGCUCUGCCUUUUUACCCUCUAAGGUGACCUGAUAUAUGCAUUUUCGUAUCUUCAUUCAUUCACUUUCAUCAACAUACCAGUUUAAACUGAGACAAAUAGAAUAGUAAUUACGCAUGAGUUUAUACAACAGACAGCCACCAGGCACCCAGUUUGGGCCUUGACUGAUGUUCUUUGAGUUUCAAACUUAUUUGUGGUCCAGGCCAAGGCACUGUCUUUCUACAUGAAGAAAAGGUCUCUUAAUUUUUGCUAACGGGUAACUUACUCUUCAGUGAGACAAGUUUCAACUUUUCUUAUGAACUUGACAGAAUUCCUUGGAAGAUUCUUUUCCUCUUUCUUAUUUUUGACAAUUGGGAAUAUAUAAGGUACAAGUUUAUCCCAGAGUCUUACUUGGGAAGGUGAUCAAGUUCACGAGGCAGAAGCUAAAUAACUAAAUUCCUAAUGUGGACCUGAAUGUAUAAAACAAAGCUGCAAAUAUUUUUGUAAAUAUAUGUAAUUUUAUGGCUUAUGUGAAUGUGACUGUACUAUAUAUAUGUUUUAUUUAUAUAUUUAUAUAUACUUAAUUUCCUAAUAUAAAUAGGCACGCAUGGACCAAACCCACCCACAUGCAAGUGUGUAUAGGUUGACUUCAAAUGCCUCUUUGUUUUUUGUUCCAUUAUAAAUCACAGUAAUGGUUCUACAACUGAGACUACCUUGAGACAUCUGAUUUAACUUUUUCUUCUGAUUUUCUGACUUUGAGUUUUAGAUGAAGAAAAUAUGUGCAACUUAUGGCCAGAAAAGAAGUUUUCUAGAAAGUUUCAGGAUUUCUCUUUGGGGAAACAAAAAUUAGAGGUUUUGCUGCAGGAUCACAUUUUUUUGGCUUCAUUGUCCUCAGUAUAAGGUUUAGGUUUUUAUUCUUCCCACCUUCUGCAGGUGUGCAAGUAUGAGGAAUUUUGCAGAGUGCUGAAUUUUGAAAAGCUAGAAUUAGCCCAUGUAGUGGGUUUCUGUGGCUGGAUUUUGGUAGCCGGGGAGGGGAGGGGGGGUGCUACAGGGAUGGCUUCUGUUAGAAGCUGCCAGAAGCUUCCCCUAUCUGGCAGAGCCAAUGCCAGCCAGCUCGAGGACAGGCUUCCUGCUGCUGGCCAAGGCCAAGCCAAUCAGGAGUAAUAGUAAUGCCUCUGUGAUAACAUAUUUAAGAACAGAAAAGUAAUGAGCAGAAAGAGUUCCAGCCAGGAAAAGCAGAGUGAGAACAUGAGAACACCAAGGUAGACACCGAGGUCAGUGCAGAACAAGGAGCAGGAGGUUCUCCGGGUGCUGGAGCUGUGGCCCCUGCAGCCUGUGGUGCAGAUCAUGGUGGAGCAGCUGUGCCCCUGCAGCCCAUGGAGGACCAUCGGGGUGCAGAGACCCACCUGCAGCCCAUGGAGGAGCCCGUGCUGGAGCAGGCGGAUGCAUGAAGGAGGCUGUGACCUCGUGGAAGGCCCAGGAUGGAGCGGGGUCCUGCAGGAGACCUGCAGCCCGUGGAGAGGGAAGCCCACACUGGAGCAGGUUUUUCCCGGAUAGGACUUAUGGCCCCUGUUGGGGACCCACAUUGGUACAGCUCAUUUGUGAAGGACUGCACCCCACGGAGGAGUGACCGACGGGACAGCAGUUUGGGAAGAACUGUUGGCUGUGGGAUGGACUCACGCUGGAGAGGUCCAUCAAGAACUGUCUCUCGUGAGAGGGACCCCAUGGGAGCAGGGGAAGGACUCCUCUCUCUGAGCAGUGGCAGAAACAACAACUGACUGCUAUCCCCAUUCCCCGUCCCCCUGCACCACUGGGAGGGGAGGAGGGAGAACAUGGAAGGAAGAGGGAUGGGGGGAAGGAGUUUUUAAGAUUGUUUUAUUUCUCACUCUUAGGCUCUUAUCCUGUUAGUAAUAAAUUUAAGUACUACCCCCAUUUUGAGUCUGUUUUGCCCAUGAAGGUAAUCAGUAACUGACCUCUCUCAGCUGUUAACUCAUGAAUCCUUAGCUGUUUUUUUUUCUCUCUCCUCUGUCCAGUUGCAGAGAGAGAGUGGCUUUAGUGGGUACUUGGCAUCUGGCCAGGGUCAACCUGCUACAGCCCACCAUUCUCAAAUGCCACUACAGGAACUGUGACAAUCUUCUGUUGGCUAUUUUAUAAAGAUAUUCUUUGUCAUUAGCUUUCAAUACAAUUUAUCUUUUAAAACAAAGUACACUAUAGAGAUGCAGCCAUUGUCACCUGUCUUUAUACAUUGUAUGUUUUAUCACAGCUUGACUGAGAAAACAAAAAUUAAUAGUGCUAGUGAGAACAUGUGAAAUCUUUUCCAUCUAUGUAGUGAUUAGUUCAAUUGUUGAUACUGCAUUUUUAAUACUCACUAGCUUUUCUAUUAAAAUAGAGACAUGGAAUUAUGUCUCAGUGCAUAAAAAAAUGGCAGCUAAGGCUAUGUUGAGUGUGAAAACUGAGGAGCAGACUGCAAACUAUAAGAAAGGGGAAACUGAGGGAAGGUUGUAGACUCCUUUGAUAGUGGGUUUAGUGGAAGAGGAUCAGGGAAAUGGGUUGAAUGUAGAAGCAGGCCUAUGUUUGGUAUAGCAUCCCUGCCUCAGGUAUAAAGGGGUUUUGGAGUUUGAGGCUAAGGACUGAUAUUGGGUCAGGACAUAAUAAUUGGGAUUGGUCUGCUAGUGGGGAACAAAUGUUAGCUGAGACCUGGAAGUAGGUGACAAUUACUAAAAUGGGAAGAAGAUACAAAACCCUGUAUGGUUAAAAAACUAUUGUUUUCAGGAAAUCGUCAUAUGAGUGGUGAUUUCCUCACUUCACUAAUUCUAACUAGAAGUUGACAGACAUUAAGCAAGCUUAAUACCCGGUGCAAUUUGGUUUAGAGUAAUUGCAUCUUAAAUACUGUGCCCAUUUUAAAGUUGGGGGUUUUUUUGUUAAUUUUUGUUUGUUUGUUUGUUUUAAUCUUUCACCAUUCAUAUUGACAUGAUGUCAAUUAACUGCUGAGAGCACACUGAAAAUUAGGAGUGUAGGGAUUAAUCUGCUUGGUCCAUCUCACUUGUAACUACCUGGUACUGAGUAACUGAUAAAUAUUGGAGGUCAAAUUACAUGUACAUUUUCUAUCAUGCGUGCGAGUUUCUCAUGAAACGAAACAUGUAAACACUAUUUUUCUUCAAAGCAUCUUCACUUAGGUCUAGAAAACAAGCACAUGCUUAAGUGGCUUGUUGAGGUGGGCCAGACAAGUCAGUGCCUUGCAGUUCUGAGCAAAGUCCUAGUCAACUCGAUUUGCUGAAGUAGAUUUGCAGUAUACAAAGGAAAAACACUCUGUGGCCUGUACAUGUCGUGUUGGCUCUUUUCACACUGUGCUUGUAUAAGCAUAUACAAAACAGCUUUCCAAAUACAGAGAUAGACAAAUGUCCUUGGACUGCCCAAACUCUACUAUUGGUUCUGACAGAUCACGUAGCCUAAAAUAGCUUUUAAAUUACUGUCUUUCAGAUGGUCAGUAGAUACUUAUUGUUGAACUAUCAAGGUUGUGGAGAACUGCUGAGAAUGUGCUGUAUCUCCCUCUUAGAAAAGAACAGAAAAGUCUUGAAUGGGCUUACUUUAAUCCAGUUAUUAUUUUUAACAAAUUCCUGUGUUCAAGAAAAAGAAUGUAUGAGUUUUAUGCAAGUACAGUGCUGGAAGCUUAACUCCAUUCUCUCCAACUACUAUUUAGACCCAAAACAAAUGGAAAGCAUGGAAAACGUGAAGUGAAAAUUGCAGUAAAACAGGAUUAAUUUUCUAGCAUUGCUAAUUAUUAUGACAGUUUUCACCUAUUGUUGGGUUCAUCACAAGGGGCUGCGCAACAGCGUGAAAGGCACAAUCAGAGAUAGAAACGUGCACAAACUGACAGCUACAGCCAGUGGAAGCAGCGGGGCCCCACCUCAGCAAGAGAAAUUUGGACUACUCCAUGCUCUGCUCAGUGAUGCUUGGAGUAAUUGGUAUUUGUCAGGCUGGAUUUGGAAGACCUGCACUAUUGACUCAUAGUGUAGGGAGCUGUGCAUCCCUAGUAUGUGAAUGUCCAGAAUUCUUUAACCAUCUGCCUCACAGGACUUGUUUUUUGUACUUUUCCAGGAGAAAGUAUGUGUGUGUGGAUGUGUACACAUGCACAAUCAUUUCUCUGUCAGUAAAGCCUUUUGGUAUUGGUGCAAUGCAAUGUUUUGAAUUACUGAUAAGAAUAUCUAAUUGCAACUGUUUCUGCAGCCUAUCUCUGGUAGCUUUUUUGGAAAUUGAAUCUCUCUCUUUUGGUGGUGUAGAUCUCAGGAGCUACCAGAAUGAAGUGGGAUCAUACAUAUUUCCUUUCCUUUUCUCUUAUGAUGGGAGAGAUUUCAUGUAGGAAUUAUGAAUCAUUUCUGCAUCUAGUUCUGAUGAUUUAAUCAAUACUGGAGUUUUACCUGGUACAGGAAUAAAUAGGAAUAAAUAAUA